AUGCAAUCUGCUAAUGAAAAUUCUAAAAAACAAAAAUAUAAUUAUCUAAAUUCAGAUUCUUCAAGUAAAAAAUCAAAACGUCAACAUAUAGCAUAUUCUUAUAAAAAAGCAUUAAAAUCCAACUUACUUAUUCUUCGACAUUAUCUUGAACAGAUAAAUAUAAUAUAUGUUAAUUGUAAAGCCUUGAUAUGGAUAGAUGAACGAAUUACAACAUUAUCUCAUUCAAACCCAAAAUUUACUACCUGUUGCUUCAAUAAUAAAGUACAGCUUUCUUCUCUAAGAAAUCCCCCAGAACUAUUAUAUUCUCUUCUUUUUGGAUCUGAUUCGCACUCAAAAAAUUUUCGAGAAAUGAUCUGUGCUUAUAAUUCAGCAUUAGCAUUUGCAUCUAUAGAAGCUCAAAUAGAUAAACAAGUUAUGGGUACAAAAGGAGUCUAUGUAUUUAAAAUAUACAGUGAAAUUUAUCAUAAUAUUGGAUCACUCUUACUACACAAUGAUAAUCGACCACGGUUUGCGCAAAUUUACUUCUAUAACAUGGAUAAUGAACUUCAAAACAGAUUACAUAUUAUGCCUCAAUUGGAUCCUACAAUAUUAAAUGAACUACAAAAUAUGCUUUAUCGUGUAAAUCCUUAUGUCACUAUUUUUAAGCAAAUGCAUGAUAUUUGGAUUACAAAUCCUAUUCUAUCUCUUUCAAUAGCUAUUAAGUUUACUCAAACUAAUGAUCCACAGCAAUAUAAUACUCCUACUGCUAAUGAAAUGGCAGUUAUUAUG